AUGCGUUGCAUUCCGAACAUGGCAAGCGAGAAGGACCUGGACCAGAUCUGGACUUGGAACGAGACAGUUCCCGUGGCUUCAGAGCGCUGCGUCCACGACAUCGUCAGCGAGGUAUGCAGGAAGCAGCCGUCUGCUAUAGCGGUGUCGGCAUGGGACGGCGACUGGUCGUAUCAGCAGUUGGAUCUCUACUCCUCUCGACUGGCACACAGCAUACAGCGAACUGGGAUUCUGCUCGAACCUAAUGAUGUGGUAGCCCUAUGCUUUGAGAAAUCAAAAUGGGUUCCAAUUAUAGCUCUGGCAGUGAUGAAGUCUGGCGCUGCAUCAAUUCUUCUCGACUGCAAAGUCCCACCACCAUUCCUGCAAAAGAUUACACAGAAGGCUAGUCCGGUCCUGCUGAUUUCCUCGACCAAACAUUCUCAGCUGGCGGAGCGCCUCGCAGCAGGGCGACCUACAAUACAACUCAAGUCGGACUUGAUUGCAGGACUAGAGAACAGUGAUUUCGAUCACAAGAACCUUCCUUUGGUCCAUUGCCGCGAUGCUCUAUACGUGGUCUCCACCUCAGGAACCACAGGCAUGCCGAAAGCGGUUGUCAUUUCCCACACGAACUUCAGCUCCGCGAUACAUCAUCAACAGCAGAUGCAUAACUUUACAUCGCGGUCUCGCAUCUAUGAUUUCUCGUCAUAUGGAUUUGAUGCAUCAUGGUCCAACUGUCUCCAUGCCUUCACAAGCGGGGCUUGUCUAUGUAUACCUUCGGACUUCGAACGGGAAAACGACCUAUCGGGGUCCAUUCUAAAGUACAGCACCACCAUCGUUGAUCUGACCCCGAGCGUGGCAAGGCUUCUAUCGGUAGAGGCUAUCUGUAGCCUGGAAACACUGAUCGUUGCUGGUGAAGCUGUGCUAGAAGCCGACGUCCUUCGUUGGCAGGCCCAAGUCAAAUUGAUCAACGUCUACGGUCCGUGUGAGUGCACACCGACUGCUACAAUAGUUGCAUUGGAUCAGACACAGCGAUUCGAGGGCGCUAUUGGUCCUGGAUAUGGCGUCAACUGCUGGGUUGUGCAGCCCGAUGACACGGACGUGCUCGUGCCUGUAGGUGGGACCGGCGAGCUACUUCUUGAAGGGCCUCUACUCGGACAGGGAUAUCUUGGAGAACCUGAGCUCACCAACUCAAGUUUUAUAAAGGGUCCAUCGUGGCUUUCAGAUGGACACAACGGCUGCGUCGGACGUCAGACACGGCUGUACAAGACUGGCGACCUCGUACGACAAAAGGCUGACGGCAGCCUCGACUUCAUCGGCCGCAAAGACACUCAAAUCAAGCUCAAUGGCAUACGGACAGAGCUCGGCGAGAUAGAACAUCACAUUCGACAUGCGGCUCCCGAAAGCACGGGUGUAGUCGUACAAGCGGCCAAACAUCAGGACGGCGACAAAGCCAUCUUAACAGCGUUUGUUGAACUUGAUACUAUCACGAUUCCCGGUCUGGAGACGUUGCUGGCACCCGCCCAUGCCAGACUCAUGCAUCCGUCGCUGGUAAGCAAAUUGCGCACAGAGCUGAACGAAAGCUUGCCGCGACACAUGGUGCCGACUCGAUUCGUCAUGUUUCGCGCCUUCCCUCUGACGCCAUCUGGCAAGAUCGACAGGAAAAGGAUGCUUGAGCAGUUCAAGGCUAUCACGAAGCACGAAUUUGUGGAUCCGAUGUCUCGUGGAGAGCUCUCGCAGCAGCAUUGGAGCGACACAGAGCGGUCACUUCGAAACAUCUGGUCCGGCAUCCUGGGUGUGGCUAAAUCGAGAAUUUCAAAGACAGACAACUUUUUCGAACUUGGAGGCGACUCUUUGAUGGCCAUGGCUGUCAUCAAGGCGGCGCAAGACGUCGGUCUCUACCUCGAUAUUACCAUGAUCUUCACAUUUCCCGUACUGGAGAACCUAGCGAGUGAAUCCACCGCCAACACGCAGCGUACCAGGAAAAGUGAAACGGAGCGCCCUACAGACAAUGUUCUGGAUGAUAAUAGAGUAAAGGAGCAAGUGGCAUCGAUAUGCGCUACUCGACCCGAGAUCAUCACUGCUGUGUACCCAUGCACGCCUCUUCAAGAAGGGCUACUUGCUCUGACUGGACAAGACCCAGAAGCCUACAUUAAUCGCGUAGCUCUACGUCUGGGCCCUGAGGUCGACAGUGAACUUGUGCAAAGAAGCUGGAACGAAGUCGUGGCAGCCACUCCUAUUCUCCAGACACGCAUUGUACAGCUUCCCAAAUACGGAUUGCUGCAGGCUGUCAUCCGUGAAGAGAUCCAAUGGCACUUCGCCUCUAAUCUCGAGGAUUACUUUCAAGAUGACAAGCUGAGAUAUAUGGGACUCGGAACACCACUGCUUCAUGCAGGGCUAGUGACAGUGUCCGACUCCUGCAUCUACUUUGUGUACACCAUGCAUCACGCUCUUUACGAUGGAUGGUCAAUUGGGCUGAUCUACGAGCGUUUAACACGCGCCCUGCGUGGCAACAGUCUGGCACUGCCGCCGCCUUUCCAACUCUUCGUUGAGAACACAGUCAGUGCCACGAAGGUGGCAGCACCCGCAUUCUGGGCGGGUCGCAUGAAAGGCUUCGCGGGUGAGGUCUUCCCUCCUCUUCCAGGGCCAAACCAUCGGGCUGCAGCAAAGCAAUGCUUGCGCCAGACGGUUGAGGAUCUUGGGUGGCGUAAUCAGCAGUUUACCCCCACAACAUACAUCCGAGCUGGCUGGGCCCUGACAGUCUCAAGAUACACGUGCGAGGACGACGUGGUCUUCGGGGUCAUUACAAAUGGUCGAAGUGCCACGGUUGAAGGAAUUCGCGAGAUCAUAGGGCCGACCAUUGCGACGAUCCCCUUUCGCGUCAACACCUACAAGGGUACGAGCUCAAUCCAGCAAUUGCUGCAAUGUAUACAGGACGAUGGCACGGCAAUGAUACGUCACGAGCAGUUUGGCUUACAGCGCAUCCGACGUGUCAACAAAGACACGGAAAAGGCAUGUCAGUUUCAGACCCUACUCGUGGUAGAAACAUCCUCUGGUCUUCCAGAAGAAAUGUUUGAGCCGAGCCUUCUACAAACUUUGGAUGGAGAUGAAGUCGCAGAGGAAGGAGAGACACAAGCUUUUGAUACAUAUGGCCUGUGUCUGACUUGUACAGUUACAGGCAGCACCGUCCACCUCAGCCUCGAGUUCGACGAGGCUAUGCUCGAUCUGGACCAGGCAAGGCGUAUGCUCGAACAGCUCGAACACGCCCUACGUCAGCUGUGUGACCAAGAAAGAAAGAGACUCCAUAUUCGAGACCUGCCGGUGCUGAGUGAUGCCGACAAGAAAUUACUCGUUGCCUGGAACUCGCAAGUACUCGGGACCUCCACAAUUUGUGCGCACGAUCUUGUUACGAAGACAGCAUGCCUCUACCCAGACCAAACAGCUGUUUCCGCAUGGGAUGGCGAAUGGACUUACAGUGAAAUCGAUCAGCUAUCGACCGGUCUUGCUCGAUACCUGAUGCGGUGUGGAGUAGUCUACAAGUCAAAAGUCGCUUUGAUGCUCGAGAAGUCGAAAUGGACGCCCAUUGCACAACUUGCUGUAAUGAAAGCGGGAGCCGCAUCACUAUCGCUAGAUAUUGGCGCAGAGCAGAGUGCACGUACAUCUGCGAUACUGUCGAAGGUGCAACCCACGGCUCUGCUGACAUUCGCGGCCAACCAGCUCCCGGCCCUGGAUCUACCACCAUCUUGCCAACACAUUCCCCUUUCAGCUGCUCAGAUACUUAAUCCAGUGCAAACGCCAGACAUUGAGCUUCCAACAGUAGGGGCCGAAGAUACACUCUAUAUCAUCUUCACAUCAGGAAGCACUGGCACGCCAAAAGGUGUCGUUGUGACACAUGCUAAUUUCACUAGUGCCAUUAAGUAUCAGCAGGCCGCCCACGGCUUUCGACCUCUAUGUCGUGUAUUGGACUUCGCUGCGUAUGCUUUUGACGUAGCAUGGUCGAAUCUGCUCCAUACCUUCACUGUCGGCGGCUGCUUGUGCAUUCCUUCCGAGACCGAGAGACGAGAGCGGCUCGAAGAAUGCUUUGCUCGGUACAAUAUCUCUCACGCAGACCUGACACCCUCUGUUGCUAGAUUGCUACCAUUGUCGACUAUUGCCACCCUGGACACACUUGUUCUGGGAGGUGAAGAACUGCGACCUGAAGAUGCAGCACGAUGGGCACCCUUGACAACCUUGAUUAAUCCAUACGGGCCCAGCGAAUGUACACCUACAGCGACAAUUGCCUGUUUUGAUCAGCAGAUCGAGACGGACCACCAGGUCCACAUCGGUAAAGGCUACGGAGUCAACACAUGGAUCGUGAACCCUGAUGAUACGGCUUGUCUGAUGCCAAUCGGAAGUGUUGGAGAGCUCUUGCUUCAGGGGCCCAUUGUUGGUGCAGGAUAUUUGAAUGACGAGGAAUUGACAAACAAAGCAUGGAUUCCAGCACCCUCGUGGCUUACCGAGAUCUGCGCCCAUCCAACAGCUGCAGCAGCUGGGAGGUCCAGGAUCUACAGAACUGGGGAUCUCGUUCGAUACGAUCCAACGAAUGGCAAUGUGUUAUUUGUCGGGCGAAAAGACAGUCAAGCUAAGAUUCAUGGCCAAAGAGUUGACUUGGGCGAGAUCGAAAAUGCCUUGUCUAAGCAACCCUCCGUAGAACAGGUGGUGUGCGUGCUGGUUGACCAAGGCCUGUUGAGGGGCAAACUCGUGGCUAUCGUCACGUUAGAAGACGUGUUUGACCAUCGUCAGGCAAGCUUUCAGCUAUUGGACGAAAGACAUUAUGAAAUCGCCCGAUGUCGACUUAGAGCCAUGCAAGAGACAGCUAGGAAUACACUGCCAUUACACAUGGUUCCCUCGUACUGGAUUCCGCUCUACACUUUCCCCACGAACACAUCCGGCAAGACUGAUCGUAAAGCUCUGGCGACCUGGAUCCGGGGGCUGGAUAAGGCUUCGAGUACCAAGAUUUUGGCCUUGAUGAGAGAUCAUAAUGUCCGCAAGCCUGUGGGGGCCAGAGAGGAUUUGCUUCGAGAAGCAUGUGGCCAAAUAUUGAACGUCUCUUCCGAUGAGAUUGAUCUCGAAGCUUCCUUCAUGGCCAAUGGUGGCGACUCUAUCACGGCAAUGCAGCUCGUGUCGCAUUGUCGGAACGUGAACAUCUCGAUAAAAGCACCGGACAUUAUGAAGUGCGAGCGCCUUUCUGAUCUCAGUUUUGCUGAGCCUAGUUCAAAAAGCCAGUAUCAUUUGACUGUGCAAGCGACUUCCUUUGAUACUUGGUAUGAGCUCUCUCCCAUCCAGAGAUGGUACUUUGAACUUCUACCGCCAGGUAGCGUGGACCUAGCGGAGCAUCACUAUCAUCAAGGCUUUCAGGUUACCUUGGGGCGGUCCAUAAGCAAUGAGUCUGUUUCUGCUGCCACAAAGCAUAUCGUGAAGCAGCAUGAGAUGUUGCGAGCGCGAUUCCAGCACGUUCAAGGACAGUGGAAGCAAAAGAUCCUGUCGCCAGAUGAGUCAAAAGCUUAUGAGUUCAAAAUCUGUAAGGCUUCAUCCGAGGACGACCUCCGAAAACUGAAUCGAGACCAGCAUCAGACACUUAGCCCGAUCAACGGACCAGUGUUUUCCGUGGUUCUUGUCCUGAUGCCGGAACAGAAAAGCCACAUCCUCUUCCAUGCACAUCAUCUUGUGAUCGACCUAGUCUCUUGGCGAAUCAUACUAGCCGAUCUGGAAGGCUUGCUUAUGGGCUGUCAUUCUUCACCGCCACCGCUGUCGUUUCUGGCUUGGAACCAGCUCCAGAUUGAGAAAUCGUUCACCUCUGAGCUCCAUCCGAGUAGGGUGCUUCCGCCGGAACAGCACACUGCAAAUUAUUUGAGCUUCUGGAAGUUCGAUGAGGCGAGUAUGCCAAAUCGAGAGGCCGACCACGAGCAUCUCGAAACACACCUCAACGACAAAACUACUGCGUGGUUGUUCAAUGAUGCAAAUGCCGCACUCAAUACAGUACCUGUCGAGAUUAUGUUCUCUGCAAUAUGGCAUGCAUUUUUCCGCACUUUUCCGGAACGACAGGAUCUCACAAUCUUCAAAGAGGCUCAUGGGCGUGAGACAUGGAGAGCCGAUAUGGACCUUUCUCGGACGGUAGGGUGGUUCACCACUAUGAGUCCUCUCUCUGUGUCAAGAGACAGUACUGGUAACGUCACUGCCCUCGUACGCACUGUUAAAGAUAGAUAUCGACAACUUGCUGCAGGCGGGUGGGCUUACUGGGCGUCCCGACACCUGAACCCCGAUGGCAUCGAGCAAUUUGGGGUUCACGGUCCGGUUCAUGAAGUUGAGGUCAACUACAACGGUCGAUUCCAACAGCUAGAACGUGAAGAUGGCCUUUUCCAGCCGCUGGACCUCCCUCUCGGAGCGGAGACGGGCGAGAAGCUGCCAGCAGGAGCUCUGUUCCGUAUCGAGAUCAAGGUCGAGGGCGGAACAGCCACCUUUGAGUUUGGAUGGAACCGACAUCUCGCGUAUCAGGACAGGAUUCGCGACUGGGCGGCGAACAUCGCAUCGUCUAUGGCUCAAAUAUGCUCGGAAUUGGUCGAAAUCGAAAAGCCAUGCCUCAGUCUAUGCGACUUUCCGUAUCUCGGUAUGAACUAUGGUUCGCUGGACAGAUUGUGUUCGAAUCUGUUACCUGCCUUGGAACAUGCCAACGACGCGGAGAUCGAAGAUGUGCUGCCGUGCUCUCCUUUGGUGGACGGGAUCCUGAUCCAUCAGCUGAGAUCGCCGGCAACCUACAUGACUUCGGACACCUAUCUCAUCAGUCCUGCGCAGUCUGCCCCGAAACCGGUCAGUUUGAAACGACUCGCUGAAGCCUGGCAGCAAGUGAUUGUUGCUCAACCGUCGUUGCGAAGUGUGUUCAUCAAUAGCGUCGACAUAUCUUGUGCUUUCAACCAAGUCGUCCUCAAAUCCUGCAACGCCGACAUCAUCGUACGGUCUGCCGAAAGUCGUGCUUUAGCAGAUCGCACCCUUGCUAGUAUGCCAGAGCUGGUCUCUAACGGGUGCACUCCACCGCACAGACUGACGCUGUGUAGAGUCAAGGACAGCCCGGAUGUCUUGUGUCGGAUAGAUAUGAGCCAUGCUAUCACGGACGGUGGCUCUAGCGGCAUACUCCUGGACCACUGGUCAUCGACGUACAAUCGUUUGGAUGACCCCAAGCACGAUAUUGCGAAGACUUGUCCGAACUUCGCUAGCCAUCUCAUCCGCGUAAGAGACUCCGAGGCCAAGACCAGCUACUGGCAGGACAAGCUGCAAGGGCUACAACCUUGUCUUUUCCCGCAGCUUGAGAGCUUACAACCUCAUGAUGUGCAGAGAUACAACACCGAGUUUGAAGCCGAUCAUGCUUCUGCAGUACACGAUUUCUGUACAAGGCAUGGCACUACCGCCGCCGGCCUCUUUCAAACUGCUUGGGCCUGCGUCUUGUCCUCGUAUACCAAGUCUCACGAUGUUUGCUUCGGUUAUCUUGCUUCUGGUCGAGAUCUGGACAUUCCAGGCUUACAAGAUGCCGUUGGUGCGUAUACAAAUAUGUUAGUCUGUCGAGUUGACACCUCGGGCGCCAGAGAUGCAGUCUUCGUCCGCAGCGUACAUCAGCAAAUGCUCAAGGACCUGGACUUUCAACAUGUCUCUCUAGCUGAGGUUCAGCAUUUGACCUCAGCAGGCCCCGGGCGACCUCUGUUCAACAGUAUCGUCAGCUUUCAGCAUGCCGCAAAUGUGAGCCAGAUAGUGGAUCAUCGAUCUGCGGACUUUGAGGCGCCGGUCGAGCACGGUGCUUUAGCAUUCAAGCUUCUUACUGUCAAAGAUCCAUCCGAGUUUGACCUUUGCGUGGGGAUCUCCUACUCGCGGACACAUGUCGGUGUUUGUCUAGAGUACCGAUCGGACUGCAUCUCAGAAGAUGCAGCGCGUAAAGUGAUAGUAGAUCUGGAAGACACCGUGGUCGCGAUCAUGGGCGCUGUUCGUAAGUGA